GGCGCCGCCUGCCCAGUGCUCCUCUCAGCUUGAGUCCGGCCCCCUCUGCCCUUGCCCUUCCGUGCCGAAACGCCGCCAACAUGACGGAGAAACUGCCCUACAAAGUCGCUGACAUCAGCCUGGCCGCCUGGGGACGUAAGGCCCUGGACAUUGCAGAGAACGAGAUGCCUGGACUGAUGCGCAUGCGUGAGAUGUACUCCACCUCCAAGCCGCUGAAGGGUGCCCGCAUUGCGGGGUGCCUGCACAUGACCGUGGAGACAGCUGUCCUUAUUGAGACCCUUGUCGCCCUGGGAGCUGAGGUGCAGUGGUCCAGCUGCAACAUCUUUUCCACCCAGGACCAUGCAGCAGCUGCCAUUGCCAAGGCUGGCAUUCCAGUGUAUGCCUGGAAGGGCGAAACAGACGAGGAGUACCUAUGGUGCAUCAAGCAAACGCUGUACUUCAAGGAUGGGCCCCUUAACAUGAUCCUGGAUGACGGCGGCGACCUCACCAACCUGAUUCACACCAAGUACCCACAGCUCUUGUCGGGCAUUCGGGGGAUCUCUGAGGAGACCACGACCGGAGUCCACAACCUGUACAAGAUGAAGGCCAAUGGGAUCCUGAAGGUGCCUGCCAUCAACGUCAACGACUCUGUCACCAAGAGCAAGUUUGACAACCUCUACGUGUGUAACAUCGGACACUUUGACGUGGAGAUUGAUGUCAAGUGGCUGAACGAGAACUCGGUGGAGAAGGUGAACAUAAAACCUCAGGUGGACCGCUACCGGCUGAAGAAUGGGCGCCGCAUCAUCCUCCUGGCUGAGGGCCGGCUGGUCAACUUGGGCUGUGCCGUGGGCCACCCCAGCUUCGUGAUGAGCAACUCCUUCACCAACCAGGUGCUGGCGCAGAUAGAACUGUGGACCCACCCGGACAAGUACCCCGUUGGAGUCCACUUCCUGCCCAAGAAGCUGGAUGAGGCAGUGGCUGAAGCCCACCUUGGGAAGCUGAACGUGAAGCUGACCAAGCUGACGGGGAAGCAGGCCCAGUACCUGGGCAUGCCGGUGGACGGCCCCUUCAAACCCGAUCACUACCGUUACUGACAGCCCCGCCUGCCCCUCACCUGCCAGCUGGUGUCCCUGCCCGGGCCCCCAUUCUCCCCAAGAACACACG